AUGCAGCAGCCCUUUCCCUCCCAUCAGCAUCUCCAGCUUGUUGCCUACCUCUGCUGGAUUCCCUUGCUGGCCAUUAGCACUGAGUCAGCGACAUUAGCUCCCGAGUGCUGGCCGGGGGGACACCGCAUCCUCCGCAACCCCCGCAGGAGCACCAGCUUCGACUCCCUGGAGCUGCAGCGAGUGGCCAGCCAGGACCUGGUGUGUGACCACUCCCUGCCACCGGCAUGGUACCGCCUCAUGCUCGGCCAGCGGCCCGUGGAAAUGCCCACCAGAUGUGUCGAGAUGAACAAAUGUGGGACACAAGCUCCGGUGUGGCUGUCACUGAAGUCUGAAUCCCUGCCAGCUCCUGGGGAGAGCAAGAGGCUGACGGGCUGUGCCACCUGGCAGGUUUUUGGGGGCACCAGGGACUGCUGCCUGUUCCGGAUCCCCAUCGCCGUCAGGAACUGCGGCGCCUUCUUUGUGUAUCUCCUGCAGCCCACCCCGGGAUGCAUGGGCUACUGUGCAGAAGACAAGCUCACAAGCCUGGCUUUGCAACCGGCCAUCACUCCCGAGCUCGUGCAAGGCCGAGUCCACCUGAAGUGCAGCUACAGCCCCCCUUCCCCUGAGCCCCCCGUGCAGUUCAGGGUGCUCUGGUCUCGCCUCUCCAGCCCUGGGAAGAGGGAGCAGAUCCACCAGGAGACAACCCCGCAGCCGUUUUCCUACGUGGAGAUGGACGGCGCCAAUCUCCGCCUGGGAGACACGGUCUUUUGCACUGUCACAGCUUUUAGGAGGGGCACUCCUGAGCAGCAGUCACUGCCUGAGGACAGCAAAGGUUUCUAUGCUGGGAUUAAGUUUUUGCCAGAAUCACUAGAAAUUGCAGAGGAUGGCAAGGAGCAUGUUUUGACUGUCCUGAGCACAGUACCCAUUGCCUGUCCUGGGCAGGAUGAUUCCUGUAAAAUGACUUUGCAACUAAGUACUGAGGACUUGGGCAGCCAGGUCCCAGGGCCCCCAGACAUCGCCCUCUCGGCCUGCCAGGUGGAUCUGCUGCCGGAGCCCUGCUCGGGGAGCAGCUGUGCAGCAGCCACGGUGACAGUGACAGCUGUGACGGACUUCGCGCAGGACGGGAACCGCGUCAGCCGUGUCAGCGCUCAGCCAGCCGCACCCAGGGAUUUGCUCUGGAGGGCUUACACACCCAGGGAUGUGAAGGUCACAGUUCGAGACCUCCCAACAGGGAACUGCUACUCUUUCACUGAUCCACACAUUAUCACAUUUGAUGGAUGGCGCUACGACAGCCAUAAAAUCGGGACGUUCCUGCUGUGCCGCAGCGAGUCGCGGGCGUUCGAGGUGCACAUCCGGCAGUGGGAUUGUGGCGGCCACCGCUCCGCCACCGCCUGCAACUGCGGGGUGGCUGCACGAGAAGGGGGUGACACCGUGGUGCUGGACACCUGCAAUGGCCACUUUCAGGACAGCGGGCCACAGCUGACCAUCAAAAGCACCGAGGCAUCGCCACAAGUGAAAAUCCUGAAGUCCUACGGAGGCAGGAAAAUAACAAUCCUGUUCCCUUCAGGAGCAUUUGUUCGAGCGGACCUGAGCGAGUGGGGAAUGGGUGUGACAGUGAGGACACCGGGCAGGGACUUCAACAGCACGCGGGGCUUGUGUGGCCUCUUUGACGGGAUGGCUCACAACGACCUCAACAACGUGCCCGAGGAAGACUUCAUAGAGGAGUGGAGAAUUCCUCCAGGGAAGAGUUUAUUUGACAAAACUCCAGCACCCUCUGAGAGGAAGCAAAGGAAAAGUUUCUGCAGAUGCCAGAAGGGGAGCACCAAGCCUGUCCCCAUGGUAAACACAAAAAAUGCCUUUCAGACUCCUUCCCCUGAACCCUCUGGCUGCCAUCAUGACCCUGUGGACCACAGCUUUGCAAUCCCAUAUCUGGAUGUUACAUCUGAGUUUGUCACUCACGCAGAAACAGAGUCAACUUUGAGAAAAGAUGCCAAACCACCGAUCAAGACUUUUGGUCAAAGAUAUUUUUCUAGAUCAGUCCAAAAGCGAAGAAGCCCCGAGAUCCCACUAAAGCUCCUCCCACACAAUGUUUCCAUGAAUAGCAACAGUUCCAUUGACUCUACCAAGCCAACAGGAGACCUAAGGAAAGCAAAGAGGCAAGACAAGUAUUUUAAAUACUCAUCCUUUCACCCAUUGCACGGCCCCGCCCAGAGACACUCAGACAGCUUUGCAUAUUUUUUCCCCGAGGACUACUUUGAAGGGGUUCGGAUGAGAUUUCCACUGUCAUGGCCCACUCCCAAUGGCCUGACUGCCACCAAAGCUCAGGAAAUUUGCCACCAAAUUCUUGCAAAUUCCACCAUUGGCUUGGCAUGUAAAGGCCUCCUGGCAAAACACCUGGAUGAGGCAAUCGAUAUUUGCCUACUGGACCUGCAGCUCAAGGAUGACGUGGCUUGGGCGAGGGCACUGACAGCCCUUUUGGAGAAUGAGUGUGAAAGGAGAGUGCUGGGGAGCAGGAAGGGAGAGUUCCCUGUUGGAAACCAGCCAUCUGCUUCCCGGGAGGAGAUCCUCGCUGCUCUCCGGUGUCCCGCGCUCUGUAACGGCCGCGGACGCUGCACGGAGCUGGGCUGCCAGUGCCUUGGGGGCCACAGCUCCUACGACUGCAGCAUCGCCAAAAAGCAAGCUUUGGAAAUCACAGCCCUGGAGAACGGGGGCCUCUGCGACGUCCGAGCCUCGGACUGCAGCAGGAUCCGGGUGUUUGGCCUCGGAUUCAGAGAGUCUCCCAACCUGCACUGCCAGGUCACCAGGCUAAUCCAUCUCAAUGGCGAAUGGAUGUCAAGAGAAGAAGAAAGCACAAAAGCAGAUUUUCUGAGCUCUGAGGCUGUUGACUGCCAGAUCCCCCUGCUGAACAUCACGGAGGCUGUGCACUUCGUGGCCGGUGACGAGCCAUUCGCAAGAUGGCAAGUGAAAAUCACUAACGAUGGCUUGCAGUACAGUAACUCCCGAGUGCUGACCCUGUACGACGCGGUCUGCCAGGUCUGCCAAUUCCACCCAACCGGACUUUGUAAAUUAAAGGAAAAUACAUGCAAUAUAGAUGGACUUUGCUAUGGUGAAGGAGAGUCAAGCCCUACAAGCCCUUGUCUUCUCUGUGAACCUGACAUUUCUAAGUUCACCUGGUCUGUUAAUGAAAACAACCUGCCUCCUGUGUUCCAGGCCCCCUCCAGCCAGCUGCUGACAUUUAUUGGUGAGAAUUUUGUUUACCAGCUAAUAGCAGUGGAUCCAGAAGGGUCAGCUGUGCUAUUCAUCUUGGAGGCUGGGCCACGGGAUGCCAGGCUCUCUGCUGCUGGCCUGCUCCUCUGGAAAGUUGAGUCAGAAGAAAUGCAGACCUUUGAAUUCACUGUGUCAGAUGAGUGCAGUGCACAGAGCAGAUACUCUAUUGAGGUUGGAGUGAAGCCCUGCAGCUGCCUCAGUGGUGGCACAUGUGUCACCAAUAUUAAAUACCCUCCAGGCCUUGGUGAAUACCUGUGCUUGUGUCCAAAUGGAUUUGAUGGAGAAUUCUGCCAGGAAGACAUCAGGGACUGCAAAUCAAACCCCUGUGGCAGCGGAACCUGCGUGGACAGCGUGGGGAGCUACUUCUGUAAAUGCCCCGCUGGUCUGGGAGGGCUUACUUGUCAGGAAGACAAGAAUGAAUGUGAAGAGAGUCUUUGUUUUCCUGGAGUGUCUUGUACGAAUACCUUUGGAUCUUAUGCAUGUGGAAUUUGCCCCACUGGGAUGGAGGGAAAUGGUAAAACUUGCAAAUCUGUGCUUGCUGCUGACAUUACAGAAGCUUUAAGCAAUGGCAAAGGUGAAUUGAAGAGGACUGAGGUUAAGCAGCCACUGCAAUCCUCAGAGACAGAGGAUUCUCCUGUAAUUAAGAAUUUUAACAUAAGUGAUAGACAUGGAGCUGUGGCACGCGUGCCCAGCUGUGCCAGCAGGCCGUGUUUCCCUGGAGCGCCGUGCUUCGACCGCAAGCCCCCCUACGUUGGGUACCUCUGUGGCCGCUGCCCUGCGGGGUUUUUUGGAAAUGGUAGGAGCUGUGCCAAAGUCCCCAGAGCAGUUUCAAGAUCUUUCCAAAGCCAUGUGGACUUUCCUGGAAGAAACAUUGAAGAUGCUAGAGGCUCUCACCAAGAAGAUGUAUCUAAGACAUCAAGAAAUGCAUUUCCCCUUCUUUCUCAACCCCAAAUUCCAAGGCAAGAUAUUACAUUCCUUUUGCAAAGAAACCCCACACCCAUUCACAGUCCAUCCCUUACAAUGGAAAAGGAGACUUCCCAAGCUCAGACAUCACCAGAAAAACAGCCUGACAUGGAGUUCACAGCACCUGAGAAACAACAUUUUCUUGAGAAAAGUGACACACUCACACCCGUUCUGCAUGAGGAGCCAGAGCCCAGAGCCCCAGGUGUCAGUGUGACCUCCCACCCCGCUCUCCAUGUUAGGCAGCACAAAGAAACUACAGCACGGACCGUUCCUCCUCAUCCCAGCACAAGCCCAGCUUCAUUCCCUGCAAGCUCACAGACUCGUUCCAGACAUGGUUAUUCUCCCAGGAAAUGGCCCAGUCGAGUCUCAGUCUUGAGGAAUAAACCACCCCAGGGUUUCCCAACAGAGCAGCCCAGAGCAUCUCCUCUGGCCACGCACCUCCCCUCCCCUCCCCGUCGGCCGGAGCCUUCCCUGGACGCUGCACCCCGGAGUGCUGCUGCCCCAGCAGGGUCUGCUCCUGGAUCAAGGCUUCCAGCACACACCACAGCAGCCAGGAAGGUGCUCAGCAGAGCAAGGGAUGCUGUGGAGCUGCCAAAAAGCAGCAGUGGGGUGCAGCACAAAGGGGUGUGCGCUGACCUGCCGUGUUUCACUGGGGUUCAGUGCGAGCCAGCUGGAGAUGGAGAGUUUCAGUGUGGUCCUUGUCCCCCUGGAUACAGAGGUGAUGGAAUUACAUGUGAAGCUCAGUGUGAGCCCCCGUGUGAGCAUGGAGGAACUUGCCUGCCUCACAACACCUGUUCUUGUGCUUAUGGAUUUGUAGGGCCUCGGUGUGAAACAAUGGUGUGCAGCAGGCACUGUCACAACGGGGGGGUGUGUGUGUCACCAGAUGAGUGCCAGUGCAGGCACGGCUGGAGCAGCCCCUCUUGUGAGACAGCUGUGUGCAACCCUGUGUGCCUGAAUGGAGGAGUCUGUGUACGGCCAAACGUGUGCUCGUGUCCUUCUGGUUUCUAUGGGCCACAGUGCCAGAGAGCUCUUUGCAUUCCCCCCUGUAAGAAUGGUGGUCACUGUGUCCGGACCAAUGUCUGCUCCUGCGCCGAGGGCUACACGGGAAGAAGGUGCCAGAAAAGUGUCUGUGAGCCCACGUGCAUGAACGGGGGGAAAUGUGUCCGCCCCAAUGUCUGUGACUGCCCGUCUGGCUGGAGGGGAGAGCGCUGCAGCAAACCUGUGUGCCUGCAGAGAUGUCUCAAUGGAGGGGAGUGCGUCGCCCCCAGCGCCUGCCAGUGCCCCGGAGGAUGGGUGGGAACGCUGUGCCAGACCCCACUUUGUGAGCAAAACUGUCAAUUUGGGAGCAUCAGACCAAAUGUCUGUGCUUGCAGAAGUGGCUGUGCUGGUUCAGCAUGUGAGAAGAAGGUAAGACCCAAACCCACUGAUCCUUGUGGGAAAAUAACAUCUUUGCUCAGAAGAAAUCCUUCCGGUGAAACGCUGAACUUGGAGCAAGGUGACAGUGCAGCUGAAGCUGCUGCGAAGAGCAGGAAGGCAGUGCCAUCUCGUGGUGCCCGCGCUGCGCUGGGGAUGAAGCGCAUCCCGGCCAUCCUCAUCCUCCGCGCACAGCCGGCGGGAAAAGCAAGUCCCGGCAGCUUGGGAAGCUAUAAAAAUUUCCCGAAGGAAAUAGAUUUGAACAAGUGA